GGGGUGUCAGGAGGAGCAAGGAACAUGAUAGCACAGAAAACUGCCCAGGCUGACCUUGGGGUCCGCAGUAAAAAGAAAGGGGUUUCUGGAGAGCAGGAGGGGCCAAUAAGGCACGCUGGGGGCGGGGAUUCUCCAGGAAGCCAUCAAGUGGUCGCCAGUGGAAGGUUGGACCAGAAGGGCACAGCCAUUAAAGGUGAAAGAGGUCAGAGUAAGGGGGAUCAGAGGCAGGAAAAGAGGAGUGCCCAAAAAAAGGCAGAAUCCAGGGUGCAGAGGAGAACGGUCACCGUAGACAGCUCCAAGGCCAAGACAUCACUGGAGGCUUUGAGGACUAGCAUUAAGCAGCUGCGCUGGAAGGAGUUUCCACUGGGCCGCCGUUUGCCAUGUGACAUUUACUGGCAUGGAGUAUCCUUCCAUGAUAGCGACAAUAUUUGCUCUGGACAGGUCAACAAGUUUCCAGGUAUGACUGAAAUGGUGCGUAAAAUAAACUUUAGCCGGGCUGUGAGGACCAUGCAAGAACUAUUUCCUGAGGAAUAUGACUUCUACCCACAAUCCUGGAUCCUUCCUGAAGAGUAUCCUAUCUUCAGUGCACAGGUCCGCAUGGCAAAGGAAAGUGACCCAUCAUGGAAGCCCACCUUCAUUGUGAAGCCAGAUGGUGGGUGUCAGGGAGAUGGAAUCUACCUCAUUAAGGACCCUAGCGAAGUUCGGAUCAUGGGCAGUGUCCAGAACCGGCCAUCUGUGGUCCAAGAGUAUAUCAGCAAGCCUCUCCUGAUAGACAAGUUGAAGUUUGAUAUGAGGCUCUAUGUCCUCCUCAAAUCAUUAGAGCCACUGGAAAUCUACAUUGCCAAAGAUGGACUGUCUCGGUUCUGCACCGAGUCCUACCAGGAGCCCAACCACAAAAAUCUUCACCGUGUCUAUAUGCAUCUGACCAACUACUCACUCAACAUCCACAGUGCAAACUUCAUCCAUUCGGACAGUGUCCACACUGGGAGCAAGAGGACCUUCUCGAGCAUUCUCUAUAGACUCUCUGCUAAAGGUGUGGAUGUCAAGAAAGUGUGGUCUGAUAUAAUUUCUCUGGUCAUUAAGACCAUCAUGGCUCUGGUGCCUGAACUCAAAGUCUAUUUCCAGGUCGACAUACCUGCAUCUAAACCAGGACCAACAUGCUUCCAGAUUUUAGGAUUUGACAUCCUUCUGAUGAAGAACCUAAAGCCAAUUCUUCUAGAGGUGAACGCAAAUCCCAGCAUGAAGAUUGAACAUGAACAAGAGCUUCUUCCCGGCAUCUUCGAGAAUGUGCCGAGCUUGGUGGAUGAGGAGGUGAAAACUGCGGUAAUCAGGGACACACUGCGUCUGUUGGACCCACGGCAGAAGAGGAGCCAAUCUUCUCAUCCAUCUGACAGCGGGGUGACAACGAUGUCGGAUCGAAACAUGGGAUCUGGGGAUCUGGCCCAGCCGGACGCUGAGAUUUCAGAGAACAAUGUGCCUCCUCUCUGCCUGAAACAAAUCUUUCCAAAGUACGCCAAACAAUUCAGUUACCUGCGAGUUGUGGAACGUAUUGCCACGCUCUUCGUCCGAUUUCAGGGGAUCCGGGGUGCCAUGAAAAUGGGCCCUACCGGCUUCCGGACCUUCAUUAGAAGUUGCAAGCUGAGUAGUUGCAGUUUCUCCAUGGCAUCUGGGGACAUUCUCUACAUCGAUAUAACAAGGCGCUGGAACAGCAUGGCACUAGACCAAAGGGAAUCAGGUAUGUGUCUCCAGGCCUUCAUAGAGGCUUUCUUCUACUUGGCACAAAGGCGAUUUAAAGGUUUACCACUUCAUGAGCAAGUGCAGGCACUUGCUGACCUCUGCCACAACCACAUGAACACAGCAGAGGAAAAGAGAAUUCUGUGUAGCAGAGGAACGCUAGAACGCAGAACUGCACCAAGCAAUUACCGCCACAACAAUGUGCGUCUGACAUCAUAUACGCCUCUGUCACAUCGCAGCAGCAGCAUUUCCUGUAAACUGUCAGACUACAAACUGCAGCAUUCGUGAUUAAACUACU